UUCCCGGGGUGCAUCUUCCCACACUGCUCCAGCUCCGAGGGCGCGAGGACCAACCAUGAAGGCUUUUCUGGUGGCCCUGCUGGCUGCAGUCCUGUGUGCCCAGCAAGCUUCCUCCCUGUUUUGCUACAUCUGUGACAAUGAACAUUCCAACUGGAACUGCAUGAAAACCUACAAAUGUGAGGACCAUGAGAAAUUCUGCACGACCACGUACAGCACUGCCGGAUUCGGCAAGGAGGUGGGACACCGCAUCACCAAGAAAUGCUCUGUGGACUGUCCCGAGACCAACGUGAAUUUUGGGAUGGCCGCUUAUUCCACCAAGUGCUGCAGCACCUCCCUCUGCAACUUCAGCGGCGCCAACAGCAUCCGGAUCAACUACGCCGUGGUCCUGCUGGGAAUCGUGGGAAGUUUGAUCUGUGUGCUCAGGGUGGGAUUGUGAUCGGGGCUGGCAGAGGAUUGUGACCACCCGAGAAGCCACAAGGAAUUCCCCAAGAGAGGAACCUCAGGCGAGUGUUUCCAGCAGCGACCCUGUUGUAUUCCAAGACA